UGCAUUUACGGUAAAUGCAAAUAAAAACGGUGCUGAUGAGGGCGAGCGGAUGCGUUUGUGAUGCCGUCGUGUUUGUCCUCCUUGCUGCCAUUUCAGCAAAAAUAGCCCUCGCAAAUUCACUACGCGCCGGAGCAUCUUUGCACUUAAGCCUCCAUUAGUUCAGCUUCCUUUCAAAGCGAUGCGCGGCUGGUAAACAACGGCGACAACAGUGCUAUUUGUUUCCGCUCCUUGUUUUUCAAGGCAUCGCCGUCGAUAUGGGGCUCGUUUCUUACAAAUAUUGAGCUUCAGCUUCAAGACUUGACAUGGACACAAUCUGGCUGUACCAAUUUCGUCUCAUUGUGAUCGGCGACUCCACGGUGGGCAAGUCGUGUUUGAUUCGCAGGUUCACCGAGGGCCACUUCGCCCACGUGUCAGAUCCCACCGUGGGGGUGGACUUUUUCUCGCGUUUGUUGGAGAUUGAGCCUGGCAAGAGGGUCAAGCUCCAGAUCUGGGACACUGCGGGACAGGAGAGGUUCAGGUCUAUCACCAGAGCCUACUACCGCAACUCAGUGGGUGGUCUUUUGCUCUUCGAUAUCACCAACCGCCGCUCGUUCCAGAACUUGCACAGCUGGCUGGAGGAAGCGCAGAGUCACGUCCAGCCGCACAGCAUCGUCUUCCUGCUGGUGGGCCACAAGUGCGACCUGGAAGCCCAGCGGCAGGUGAGCCGCCAGGAGGCCGAGAAGCUGGCGGCGGCCUUCGGGAUGAACUACGUGGAGACGUCGGCGCGAGACGCCAUCAACGUGGAAACGGCGUUCAUGGACCUGACGAGGCAAAUCUUUGAGCUGGUGCGCGGCGGCGACAUCAAGAUCCAGGACGGCUGGGAGGGCGUCAAGAGCGGACUGGUCCCCAACACGGUGCACUCGUCGGAGGAGGUCACCAAGGCGGGUCGCCAGUGCCUCUGCUGAGCUCCUUUCUUUCGGACUCCAUCUUUGGGAGAUGGGCCUUCCUUCCCUCGCUCCGUGACUUCACCGCGAGCUCUUUCUUAAACCCCUUCCUCCCCGUUCGCAGUAACACGCUUUACUCGUCAUGUGUCGACUACUAUCGGUAAAAACACACUUUUUUCGGUCUCUCGAUUAAAAGCACAAGAAGCCCUUCGUGUCGUUCCAACAUGUUAGCUUUGCUGCUUCUUUGACAUUACACUUACACUUGUACACAGUUUGUGACACUCAUGUGGAUACACACAAUCCAAAAGAAACCAAACGGCCUCUUCACCUCAAUGCUGAUAUCCAGAUACACAUUACUACGUGUACAGUACAUAUAUUAUCAAAAAGAGGCAGCACUGUCACUCAAUGCAUAACCCGACAAUAAAUAGGACCAAGGAGUAUUGGGGCCAUACUUUACUGGCUGGCUGCCAUUGACGGCGAGAGACGAUUAAAAUGUGCUAUUCAUGAAGUAAAAAUUGUAUCAGAAAAAAACUGCCAUAACAAAGUCAAAAUGAUGUGACAAAGAAAAAAAGUAACAAAAGAACAAAAACCUUGUAAGUACAAGAACCGCACAACGGAAACGUAUUGCUGCCACCGGAAAAAAAAAAAGUCCAGUAUCAUGUUUUUACAUUAUAGUGAUCACGUGUUUACACAAUAGUAUCACAUUUUUACAUGGUAGUUAUCACGUUUAUAAUGAUAAUUAUCACGUUGUAAGAGCCAUAUUUAUUUAUGUUGUAAACAAGCCAGCAGGGGGCUCUAUCGGGUCAGUUUGACAGGCUAUUCAAACACAAGUGAAUGGCCCAUCUGAUAAGGAGCAAACAGUUUUUUGACUGUGCCUGGUGUGCCAUGUAAAGUGUUUGUAUUGUGAACACCAUCUUUCGGUUUAUUUUUCUUACAAUAUUCUGAGUUAUUGUCGGUAUUUAUGUUAACAAUAAACAUCUGAUGAAGAAAAUAUAUUUUUCAGUUUAUGGCAAUUUUCAUGAUUUUUUUUUUUUUUUUUUAAUUUUCUUAUAUGCAUUUGGCGCACGUCAUAAUGUAAUCUCAGACGCUAUGCAGUAAUGCCACCGAAAAGGGGCUACUAGCAUUACACAUGCUGUUUUUUUGUUUUUUGUUUUUUAACCAGUUCGUUAUCACGUUUUUAGAUGAUACUUAUUACCUUUUUACAUGAUAAUUAUCACAUUUUUACAAGUUAAUUUUCACGUUUUUACAUGAUAGUAUCAUGUUUUUACAUAAUAGUUAUCACGUCUUUAAAUGAUAAUUAUCAUGUUUUUACAUGAUAACAUGUUUUUACAUGGUAGUUAUCACAUUUUUACAUGAUGGUUAUCACGUUUUUACAUGAUAAUUAUCACGUUUUACAUGAUCGUAUUACGUGUUUCCAUGAUAGCAGCAUGUUUUUACAUAAUAGUCAUCACGUUUUUAAAUGAUAAUUAUCAUGUUUUUACAUGAUAGUUUUACAUUUUUACGUGAUAAGUAUUACGUUUUUACGUUUAAAUUUCAAGUUUUGACAUGAUAGUAUCACGUGUUCCUAUGAUAGUAGCACCUUAUUACAAGUUAAUUUGUUAUUUUGUUUUUAGAUGACAGCUAUCACGUUUCUACAUGAUAGUAUUAUGUUUUUACAUAAUAGCCAUCACAUUUUUACAUGAUAAUUAUCACAUUUUUAUGAUAACUAUUACGUUUUUACAUAAUACUCAUCACAUUUUUACAAUUUUCACGUUUUGACAUGCUAAUAUCACGUUAUGCAUGAUAGCACAUUUUUCACAAGUUAAUUUUCCUGUUUUUACAUAAUUAUCAUGUUUUUACAUGAUAGUUAACACGUUUUUACAUGGUAGUUAUCGCAUUUUUACACGAUAGUUAUCACGUUUUUACAUGAUAAUUAUCAUGUUCUACAUGAUCGUAUCAUGUGUUUACAUGAUAAUUAUCACAUUCUAUGUGAUCGUGUCACGUGUUUACAUGAUAGAAGCACGCUUUUACAUACUUGUCAUCACGUUUUUAAAUGAUAAUGAUCAUGUUUUUACAUGAUAGUUAACACGUUUUUACAUGAUAGUUUUACAUUUUUACGUGAUAACUAUCAUGUUUUUACGUGAUACUUAUCAUGUCAUUCCAUGAUACUUACCACAAUUCUUAAGUUAAGUUGUUACAAGUUAAAUUUCACAUUUUGGCAUAAUAGUUUCACGUGUUGCCAUGAUAGUAGCACGUUUUUACAAGUAAAUUUUGAUGUUUUUACACGAUAGUUAUCACGUUUCUACAUGAUAAUAUAAUGUUUUUACAUAGUAGCUAUCCCGUUUUUCCAUGAUAAUUAUCACAUUUUUACAUGAUUACUAUCAUGUUUUUACAUAAUAAUUAUCACGUUUUCAAACGAUAAUAAGUGUUGCAAGUUAAUUUUCACGUUUUGACAUGAUAGUAUCAUAUUAUUACAGGAUAGCAGCACAUUUUUACAAGUUUAUUUCAUGUUUUUACAUGAUAGUACCAUCUUUUUACCUGAUAGUUAUCAUGUUUCUACUUGAUAGUAUGUUUUGACAUGAUAGUUAUCAUGUUUUUAAAUGAUGAUUGUUUUUACAUGAUAGUUGACACGUUUUUACAUGAUAGUGAUCACAUUUUUUCGUGUUAGUUAUCAUGUUUUUACAUGAUAAUUAUCACGUUUUUACAAGUUAGUUUUCACGUUUUUACUUGAUAGUAUCACGUGUUUACAUGAUAAUUAUCACAUUUAUACAUAAUAACUAAAACAUUAAUAAAUGAUAGUGCCACGUUUCUACAUGAUAGUAUGACAUUCUAACAUAAUAGUAAUAACACUUUUAAAAGAAAUUAUCAUAAAACCAUGAUAACUAUCAUGUAAAAACGUAAUACUAUAAAUGUAUACUAAUACUUUUUUUCUUUUUUUUGGGUGGCUGCAACACGCUUCCGUAAAGAACAGUCAGGAUGUUAGUAUGAGGAAAAAGGUCAUUCCAGAAAAAAUCAUAAUGUAAAAACUAGAGAGUUCAUUGUGAUAUUUUCAGAAAUAAUCAUUAACGGGUCAUUUUUAUUGGUUUUGUUUAUUUAUUUAUUUUACAAAAAUAUCAAUAAAAAGAACUAGUACAAAUUUUACACGAAUAAAGCCAUCAUUUUUACAGGAAUACUCAUUAUAAAACUGACAUUUUGAAGUUUAAAAAGACAUUUUGUUGCUGACAAACAUCCCAAUUGUAAAAAAUCUUUAAAAAAACAAAACAUAUGUAUCUACAAAAUACUAACAUGUGCACACAAAUUAGUAUUAUUUGUGAUAUCUGGGACUCCUUUGGUGUGCUGAUGAAAAUCUGUCAAGUCACUCAUGUGGCCCAAAUACUCCUUUUUGACUUGGUACAUACUAUCAUACAUAAUUUUAAAAAUAAUUUUCCGAGGUGAGUCUCUUGUGUGCCUUUUUUGAGGAUGGAAGCUUUUGUUUUUUCUUUUCUUUUCCAUGUACAGUGGAUAUACAAAGUCUACACACCCCUGAGGAACAUUUCAACUUUAUCCGCGAGGGCCAAACAAAUUAACUUUAAACGAAUGAACAUUUUUACUUCCUUUCUCAAAAUGGCAUCUUGUUUUAUAUCAUCCAAAAGUGACAUUUGAUGAGGCGUGUGUAGACCUUUUAUAUCAAAUCUAGGUAACAAACGUGUAAACAAUGAUUCAUUUGAAUGCUGACUUUGUGUCGUGGGGAUUCACUGAUUAAUAAGCACGCGUCAUCAAUAAGAAAUAAACGAGCGGAAAUAUCCAAAUGGCUUUGGAGACAUCAUUUCUAUAAAGUGUGCUCAUUUAAAAAAGUUGACAAAUAUAGAUUUGCAUGAAAAAUAUUGGGUAGUUUAAUAUUUACGUAACGAUUAUGUAAAAAAUAGGUAACUGUUUGUUUUAAGUGUUUGGAGGACUAACACAACCUAAGGCGACAUUAAUUGUGUGGUCAUUUUGAACAACAAAGUGUUGGAAAAGUCUGGCCUUGGGUUGGCAAUUUAACACUUUCAUGCAGGAAAUUAUGACUCACUGGCUGCUGUUGUCGGUCAAAAUAGAUUGGACGUCUAGCGCCGUAAAUAGCAUGCAAUGACUAAGUAUGGGAACAAAAAAAUAAUCAUGUUGUUAACAAGAAAGCUAUAAUUUAAUCAAUUCAGUUUAAUCAUCAGUGUUAUAUUUUGGCAAUAUGUUUUAGAAAUGGCACUUCAUUAUACGGUCUAAAAACAUUUAUAUACAAUUGAAUUGUUUUACCACAGGGUGGCAGUCUAAUACAGUGUGACCCUGCCCCUACCUAAAAAAACUUUUUAACAAUCCGAUAAAACCAAGAGUGAUGGAAGAAAAAUAUGUUAUUCAUAGUAAUUGAAACCUUAAAGAGCAUAAUACAUGAGAA